GGCUAAUUGCGUUCGCCGGUGCUUAUCGUACUAAACGGGGCAUUAAAACUGAAUUUGAUCCAAGGAAGUGAGUGUAGAAAGCAUCAAACGUCGUGCGAGCUAGAGCUUCACAAAUUCACUCGCACAACAUCGACUGCAUAAUGAUGGACUCAUUGUUGACAUCAGACUAUUUACAAGAUCCAUUGGAUCCAAAAGCGCGGCAGGUUAAGGAUAAAGAAAAGUCGAUGACAUCUCGACGAAAUUUCACGCACGCUAAACCACCUUACAGCUAUAUUAGCCUUAUAACUAUGGCUAUACAACAAUCGCCAAACAAGAUGUUGACCUUGAGUGAGAUCUACCAAUUUAUUAUGGAUUUGUUCCCGUACUACAGAGCAAACCAACAGCGUUGGCAGAACUCUAUUCGACACAGUUUAUCUUUCAACGAUUGUUUCGUAAAGGUUCCUCGUUCACCUGAUCGACCAGGCAAAGGUUCUUAUUGGACAUUACAUCCUGACUGUGGAAAUAUGUUUGAGAAUGGCUGCUAUCUACGUCGGCAGAAACGCUUCAAAGCAGACAAGAAACCAAACUUGAAUCAUCUUGUUAAGCCUGGACCUUACGUACCCGGUGUGCCUAAAGUACAAGGUGGAAAAACAUUUGCAACGCCAUCAUUUCUCGCUCCAACACAUUACGGUGGCUUUAGACCAGGUUUCAAUCAUCCUUUCGCGAUUAAAAAUAUCAUUGCUGAUCAUGAAAUGGAUUUCAGGGGAUACGACAGCAUGCAUUUUAACCCGUAUCAUUCUGGAAGUUUGUCUACACCACCUCCAGUGCCCGCUAUGAGUCCCAUGUCAUCAUUUGGUUUGCCGAAGACAACACUUGAUCCGCCAUCCUUGAUGACAAGCGACGCAAACUUAACUCCAUAUUAUCCCUCUUGUGGCUACAUCAACACGUCAUCCAGUUGUUCACUCUCUGGCUACACAUAGACCUUUUUGAAAUAUAACGAUUUCCCAACGUGAUUUUCCACGUCAAUCCACCGAAAAUAAUCGCUCAAAUAAGUUAUGAUUUUCCACUGUGAUUAUGCGCCAGACACACAUACGUAUACCAAAGUAUUUUAAACGGAAAAAGUAACAUACAAUAAAGAGGACACAUGCUAGCGUUGUCAUUAUCUUGUAACAUAAUACCAUUGCAAAUUAGAACCGUACAUGAAUUUGUAAAUUUAGGUAAAUUUAAAAACAAAGGCCGUGUUGGAUGGCCAUGAACAUGCAAGAAAGAAAACUUAAAAAUGGCGAAGGUGAAAUCGUAAUGUAUCGUUUUCUUGACGAUACUUUGUGUAAAGCAUGUAUUUAUUUUGCUUGUUGUAUUUAUAGAUUAAACCCUACGUUAUACUAUCUUGAAAACAUUAUUGACACGAUUGAAAUAAAUGUUGUUUGAAAUGGA